GACGACAAGAUAUGAAUAAUUCGGGUGGACUUUACUUAAACAGGGCUGCAGUGCUGUCUCCAAUAGGUGCUGCCCGAUUGUGUCAGCUGACCCUGGGCUGUUCCGUCAUCUCAUUAGUGAUCCAUAGCGCCGGCUACAGCGCCACCUAUGGGACUUUCUGUAUGGCAGUCUGGUGUUCCUGCUUCGCCGUUACGGUAGCCAUUUUUGUUUUGGAUGUGACACGUCUUCACGUUUGUCUUCCUGUGUCCUGGGAGAACCUGACUGUGACCUUUGCAGCUUUGGCGGUCCUGCUCACCCUCACGGCAUCUACCAUCUAUCCCAUCUACUUUCUAAGCCCGGAGUGCCCUUACAACAACUGUGAGAUAAGGAACUUCCGGAUCGCCGUGACCACGUGCUCUUGGGCGUCGUGCGUUGCGUACGGAGUGGAGGUAUUCCUGUCACGUGCCAAACCGGGUCAUGUCGUGGGCUACAUGGCGACACCGUCUGGGAUCCUGAAGGUGGUCCAGAGUUUCACGGGUUGUCUCAUUUUUGGGUUGCUCGCCAACGGGAGUGAAUUUUCAGGGCAUGCGGCGACCAUCUACUGCGUGGCAGUGUUUGCGGUAUGCUUCAGCGUGACUGUACUCGUGGUGGCCCUGACCGUUACCGGACGUACCGCCGUUCUUCGGCUGCCCUUCGACCGGUUUGUGGUGGUGUACACAUUCGCAGCGGUGUUGCUGUACCUCAGCGCGGCCGUGAUUUGGCCCAUCUUCUCCUUUGACAAAAAGUAUGGAAAACCUUUCCGACCCCAGGGCUGCCCCAGGGGCAAGUGCUCAUGGGACAUCAAGCUCGGUGUGACUGUCCUGUGUUUUAUCAACCUUGCACUGUACAUCGCAGAUCUGGUCUGGUCCCAGAAAAUGCGAUCUGUGCGGCAUUACCCAAGAGUGUGAACAUUAUUCAUUUAUAAAUAUAACUCGGCUGACAGUUCAUCCAGUAAGAAAUGAGACAGCUCACUCCAAUAUUUUGGUGGUUACUUGGUUUAAUGAUGGUAAAGCCAUUCAAGGCACAAUGUGUGAUUUUACCAAUAUCCAGAAGUCAUUAGGACUGUGUUAUAUACUUUGUUUACAUUUCUACUAAAACGUUUCAAUAAUGUUCAAUAAUGUUAUUGCCUGUCAAUGAUGUCAUGUCCCCGUUAUGCUUGGUUUUCACUUUUACUACUGUAGAAAUCAUAGAUGUGUUUGAAUUCAUGCAGCGCUGCAUAAACCAAUCAGCACAAGACAAAAAAAUACCACGAGAAUGAUUUGAAAGCACUGCAUUCAGUCCAAAACACCUCAUUGCAAAACAGCGCAUCUCUAUAAAAACGCAAAGUAUUAUUUGUCGCAUCUCCCAACUGAAAAGACCAGCUAAAACCAGCAUAAGGUGUAGCAGGCUGGUUUUAGAGUGGUUUUUGCCACUUUUUUGGCUGGUAAGACUGGGAUAUCCAGCAAAAACCAGCUGACCCAUCACCUUCCCUACUGAAAAAUCCAGCUAAGACCAGCAUAAGCUGGUGAGCUGGUUUUAGCUGGUCCCCAGCUUGGUUUUAGCUGGUUUUGCUGGUGUAGGAAGCUGGUUUUGCUGGUGUAGCAAGCUGGUCUAGGUGUGUUUUGGUCACAUUUUAAGCUGGUCUAGCUGGACUUAGCUGGUCAUGCUGGAAUACCAGCUGGCCCACCAGCAUGACCAGCUUUGUCAGGCUGGGAGGACCAGCAUAAACCACCUUAAACCAGCUAAAACCAGCUACCAGCUUAUGCUGGUUUUAGCUGGAUUUUUCAGUAGGGUUGACCAGGCUGGGAGGACCAGUUCAAACCAGCUUACACCAGCCAAUCAGCUUAGCCAAGCUAAAAAGUGUCCAAAACUAAAAAAAAACAGCCUGCUACAUCAGCCUAACAAGCUAAAACCAACCAACCAGUUUAGGCUGGUUUCAGCUGGUCUUUUCAGUAGGGCUAGCAUGUUAGUCUGUUGUCGUUUCUAUCGAGCCACUCUGUUGGCUUAUGUUAUAACAUAACAGUUAUAAAACUUGAUUAUUUCAUUCAUUAACAUCAUUCCAUGCUCCAUCAUCAAGCUUGACCUUUGUUACUGUUUCUUGACCUUUUGUGGCGGAAAUUACAUACUGUGCCUUUAAGGGGUGGUUUUCCCAGACAGGAGGUGUUUCUCAAUGUCAAGGAUGGAUCCUCGAAAGCCAGAAUUUCUAGGAUGCUACAUCAUCGACAUCCUUCGAAGGUCUGUUCCAAUGUCGAGGAUCCUCGGAAUUUCAACCAAGGACUGAGUCCUUCGUUCGAAAAAUAUAUCCCGUAUACAGGAAAGGAUGCAUUUGUGUAUCCUUUGCGCUCUUGCGCUCUCAAAUCACCCACAAUCCUAUGGGUGCAGCGCCGAAAGCACACCUUUUUACUGACGUAAUGACGCAAUGACAUGCACUUGCUAGCCUGUUCCAUUUACGUUUAGCCUUUGUUAGUAUCCUUGACAUUAAAAAACACCCAGGGAUUAUUCUGGGCCCAGACUAAAAUGGAAGUUUGAGCUGCUUUAAUUUUAAAGCACCUUGUCCUGACUAAUUUUAACAUUUAUUGGUGACAUUGUUUUGUCUCAAGUUGCACACCUGUGGUGUUUUUUGUAAGGCAUGUUUAAAAAAGUCUUAAAUGACCUAAUAUGAAUAAGGCCUAGUCCUGGAUUAACCUAAACCCUGUCUAGAAAACCGCCCCUAUGGUUUUUUUAAUGUAUAUGUUUUUAUGUGAAUUAUAUUUUAAUAUAUUUGUAAUUUUUAUAUCUUACUCUUUAAUUGUGGUCUACUUGUAUGAUGGGAGAAGUAAUAUCACAGUACAGUGGAUUUUUGUUAAAUAAGUUUUUUUGUUAAUUGACGGACACAUGAUGAUUAUUUAUAGUCUAAGGUCUUCACAGACUUUACCUCGUGAUGAGUUUGUAAUGAAGUGGUGACGUGCGGUGAUGUUCAGGUCUCCUGCUGCAGUUGUGAUCUGAAGCUCUUCUCCGUCAGCAGAUUCAAGUCUCCUGCAGGAGUGAAGCUCAAAGCUGCAAACUCAGCAUUUCAUCCUUACAUCUUCAGGAUCUGAUGCUCUUCUUGUGUGUUUCUUCCAGCGUUUGUCAUCCAGGCAGCUUUUAUUUCUUCUGCUCGAUCUGUCUGCUGUUCAUUUCAUUUCUUCUGUGCGCUGAACAGAUGAAUCAGAUCUUCACCAGCUGUUUCACUUAGUUUACUGCGCUUAUUCGUCUCUUUAAGUUACAGAACAUCAAAACAUCAAUCUUUCAUAAAACAUGGUAAAAUUGUAAUAUUUUUAAAAAUGUUUUAUGAAAUAAAAUAAAACUCACUCUCAUGUGUGCUUUAUAGAGAUGUUUGAUGAUGUGAAUCUGAUAACAGCUUAUUAUGAUUUACUGCACAAUACAACUGCUCCUGAAACAGAUUUCAUCUUCUUUAUGUAAAAUAUCAUUUUAUUUUUUUAAUUUCGUGCGAAAUGAGACCAGAAAUCAGAUUUACACUGAUGGUGUGUGUCUCUCUGUCUGUGUAUUUGUAAAUCUGUGUGUGUGUGUGUGUGUGUGUGUGUGUGUG